AGAGAGAAAAAGAGUUAACACGGUAUAAGCUAUACGCGGCAGCACGGUAGAACAGAGCCACACGGUUUUCCUACCGUAGUAGGUUAUUUUGUUGAGGAAGUUUUGAAGUUAAACCUGACCACUCCUGUAAGAUGCAAACUGUGGAAUAAAUUUUUGUUACAUCUUUUUACAACGGAGUCCCGUGGAGUUCUUUUCUUCUUCAAACUGACCUACGCGAGUGAAGCACGGGAAAACUGGUCUCACGGCUUGUACAUUUUGUAGGAAAACCCGCUCGUUGUGGAUUAAUUCAAGCGACUAAGAAGGAAAAAACCCAAGCUGCUGCAGCGACGAGAAACGUGAGUAAGUGGAGCUAAUUCACGAGGAAAAAAGUGCUGAGUCAUUGUGGAAGCUAGAGCGGUGAGCUGUGUGGUAGCUAACCUGCAUGAUUUUUGGAUGAUAAAAUAAGGAUUUUGUCGUUGCUAUUCGGGAAACUAAUACCAUGAACGAAGAAGAAGAAGACACUGUAGCAGAAAUGGAAGCUAGAGUGGUGAAAAUCACACCUAAAGCUAUGGAGGAAAAGCUGCAACGUGUUGUUAAUUUACGGAAGGCCAAGUUAGCCAAAUUAACAGGCACAGUGAAACAAGUGCGCCAGCUGAUGGAAAAUGAAUGUGAUGCCAGCCUAGCAGAAGCAACACAGUUAAUGAAGGAUUUUAAUGAGCGUUUUGGAGAGUUUUGUGAUUUGAACACAAAUGUUAAAGAGGUACUCCAGCAAAUGCCAGAGGAGGAUUUAACUAAAGACCAGGAAAAAUGGUUUGAACCUAAGGCUGAUUCCUUCAAGGCUUUUGCUGAGACAGCUUCGGCUUGGAUUGACAAAAUGGCCAUGCGCGCUGUGGAGGCUGAAAAAUGCAAUGAAGAUGUGAAUCCAUCUGACAGCAUAUCUAAUGCAUCUGUCUCAAAACGCAGUGAUAAGGCAUUUUCAGAACGUGGCUCCUGUGCAUCGUCAUCGGUGUCGUCCACACGCAUGAAGGCAGAGGUGGAGCGAGCUACUCUAUUGAUUAAGGCAUCAUCUUUAAGACAGAAACGCUUGCUGGAGGAAAGGGAGGCUAAGCUCCAAGCUGAAAAGGAGGAGUUAGAAAUACAAACAGCUCUAGCAGCAAAUGAGGCAAAGAUCAAGAUCUUAUCGGAAUAUGAAAGUCGUGCAUCCAAGGCAUCCAGUCGCGUAUCCACUCGGGAUGGAAUGAACUCCUACGUGGCAUCGCAUAGAGUUGGAAAUUUAUUUACUUCACAGCAGUCAAAUAGUCCUUCCCCCACGCGAGAAAGACAAGCACAGAAGAAGAACAUUCUCCAAAAUGCACAGCAAGCACACACUGUUACCUCCCAGCUACCACAGACACCAAGUGCUUUACAGGAUGUGGUCGAAGUGCUAACUAAGCAGCAGAAGUUAGCUACGUUGCCCCCGCAGAACAUUUCUGUGUUUAAAGGGGACCCAUUGGAGUAUCGGCUGUUCAUGCGAGCAUUUGAACAUGGUGUGGAGGAUAGAACAGAGAGCGACAAGGAUCGAUUGUACUACAUGGAACAGUACACAAGUGGGCAACCACGAGAAUUGAUACGGAGUUGUCUUCAUAUGGAACCUACACAAGGAUUUCAAACGGCUAAGAGACUGUUGGAAGAGCACUUUGGUAAUGCCUACAAGAUAUCAGUGGCAUACAUUCACAAGGCUCUUAACUGGCCAACCAUCAAGUCAGACGAUGGAGAGGCUCUUCACGCUUUCGGCCUCUACCUUACUGGAUGUCAUAAUGCAAUGAUGGAUGUGGAGUACAUGGAGGAGUUGGAUAACACGGCCAACAUGCGUGCUAUCGUUUCCAAGCUUCCGUACAAGCUGAGAGAAAGGUGGAGAACAUUUGCUUGUGGGGUCCUAGACAAGGAAAAACGCAGAGUCAAGUUUGCAGAUCUGGCGGAGUUUGUCAAUAAGCAGGCCAAAGAAGUUUUGCAUCCAUUGUUCGGCGAUAUAAAGGACAGCACCUUAAAGGUCCAAGUUAGAGGGCAAGUGGAUGAGAGGUUGCAAAGGAGAAGUGGAAUCAGGAAAGGACUCACCACAGCUGCAACUAUCACCACUACACAGGACGUACCCUCUAAAGAAAGGAACAAGGUCAGCGGAAAUCAGGGGUGUGCAUUUUCCAAACCCUGUCUCUUCUGUCGUGGUGAAGAGCACACCAUGGAGCAGUGCAAGAGGAUGAGGAAGUCACUUCAUAAGGAAAAGAUUGAUUUCAUGCGAACGAAAGGACUAUGCUUCAGCUGUCUUAAGCAGGGACACAUGAGUAGUUCGUGCAAAGAAAAGGCAAGUUGUCAGGUUUGUGCGCAACUGCACCCCACAGUGUUACACAUGAAGACUAAGCCCAAUGCUACAAGCAAAAGGGCAGCUCCUGAAGCGGAAUCAUCAGAAAGAGAAGACCAAACAGAGUCAAUCGUGAAUGGAUUUGUUGAAAUGGAAGCACCUGCUCACGAUGCAGAGAAAACAGAGCACAUCUUGGCAAUAGUUCCAGUCCAAGUGAAACCUAAAAGAGGACAAAAGGUGACACACACUUAUGCUUUUCUGGACCCUGGCAGUACUGCCUGCUUUUGUACUGAAGAGUUAAUGCAUGAGCUUAACUUGACUGGCAGGAAGACAAACAUUUUGCUGAAAACGAUGGGAGAAGAAAAGGUCGUCAGUAGCCACAUUGUGUCUGGGUUGGAAAUAAGCAGCUUAGACAGUGACGACUUCUUUGAGUUGCCAGAAAUGUACAGUCACAGUGACAUUCCUGCUUCUGCCGACAAUGCUCCUUCUCAAGACUACGUGAACAGGUGGACCUACCUUCAGCAGGUGUCUAUACCUAGGAUUGAAGCAAAGAUUGGACUGCUAAUCGGGGCUAAUGCGCCUAAAGCUGUCGAACCUUGGCAAGUUAUAGCCAGCGAGAAUGGCGGUCCAUAUGCCGUGAAGACAAGGCUCGGUUGGACCAUCAGCGAACCCCUCCAAGGAAGCAGUUCUCAAAGGGCAGCAUGCGGACUGAUUCAGGUUGCAGCAAACCGUAUAUCAGUUAGCAAGUUGGACGAACUCUGGGACCAGCAGUUUAAAAGUGACUUCCCUGAGUGUGAAAGAAACGAGAAGCAAGAAAUGUCAAGAGAGGAUUUGCAGUUUCUGGAGAUAGCGACAGAGUCAGCUACUAUUGUGGACGGACAUUACAGCAUCGCUCUGCCAUUGCGGAACAAGCGCAUUAAGAUGCCCAACAACCGCAAAGUGGCUGAGCAACGUGCCUUACACCUAAAGCGGAAGUUGGAGAGGAAUACUUCAUUCCACGCAGAAUACUCGGCUUUCAUGAGUAACAUCAUAACCAAAGGUUACGCAGUGAAAGUGCCGGAAAAGGACCUUGGUCGUGACAAUGGAAAGGUUUGGUACCUACCGCACCACGGAGUUUACCAUCCCAAGAAACACAAGCUUCGAGUGGUCUUUGACUGUGGAGCAUCGUAUAAAGGCACCACCUUAAAUGAUCAACUGUUACAAGGACCAAAUCUGACCAGUACCCUUCUUGGGGUAAUUAUCCGAUUCAGACAAGAAGAAGUGGCCAUCAUGGCAGAUGUGGAAGCAAUGUUCCACCAAGUAAAGGUGCCUGAUGAAGAUUCUGACCUUCUUCGGUUCCUGUGGUGGACAUCUGGUGACAUUACUCAGAAAAUGGUGGAGUACAAGAUGGUGGUUCACAUUUUCGGUGCAACUUCGUCACCAAGCUGCGCCAGCUUUGCUCUGCGCAAAUGUGCUGAAGACAACCGAGAUCCAGCCAACAGCCAAGCGGUCGACACAGUGCUGCACAACUUCUAUGUGGACGACUGUUUGAAGGCUGUGAGCUCAGAAGAGGAAGCCAUACAGUUAUACCACACUCUUAGAGCUGUAUGUCAGAGGGGUGGAUUCAGGCUCACAAAAUGGAUAAGCAAUAGCAGAGCAGUUCUGUCUGCUAUUCCAGAAGAAGAAAGGGCAUCAGAGGUUAAAGAUCUCGAUCUGGAUCAGGACAAACUUCCCAUUGAGAGAGCGCUGGGAGUCCAGUGGUGUAUUCAAUCUGACAGCUUCAGGUUCAAGAUUGUAAUGCCGGACAGGGCACCCACUCGGAGGAACCUCUUGUCCAUUGUGAGUUCUGUCUACGACCCACUGGGUAUCUUGUCACCAGUCACACUUCAAGCGAAGAAGAUUCUGCAAGAGCUUUGCAGGAGAAAGGUUGGCUGGGAUGUCAUCAUACCUGCGGACCUAGCUCACAGGUGGCUCAAGUGGAAGACCCAGCUCCACCAGCUAGAGAACAUAAGCGUUCCAAGAUGCUUUAAACCUGUGGGCUUUGGAGAGUCAGUAUACAAUCAGCUGCAACACUUUGCUGAUGCCAGUGAAGAGGGCUACGGUACAGUAAGCUACUUGCUACAGAGGAACAGCCGUAACGAAGUCUACUGCGCAUUCAUGUUGGGAAAGGCAAGAGUGGCCCCACUUAAGCCCAGAUUCCGUACCUUUGUUGCUAACCGUGUGGAUGCAAUCUUGAAAUGCUCCAGUCCAGAGCAAUGGAGGUAUAUCAGCACCUCACUGAAUCCUGCCGACUUUGCGUCUAGGGGGCUCCAAGCAGAGAGCUUCAUGCAGUCCCACACAUGGUUACAGGGGCCGGACUUUCUCACCAAACCCAUGGAAGAGUGGCCAGAAGAGGUGCACCCAGCUGAAGGCCUGACUAUAGAUGACCCAGAGGUAAAGGGUAACCUGGUGUGUGCUAGUACAAUCAAGGAAUGUGAAGAUGUAGUGCUGGAGUUCCUGCAGUACUUCUCAUCCUGGUUUAAGCUUAAAAGAGCAGUGGCAUGGAUGCUUAAAGUCAAGAGCAUUCUGCUGCAACUGUGUCGCAAAAGGAAGGAGUUGAGUUCUGUUAAAGCUCAACCUGUAGUCGAGAGGGAUAUGAAAGGUUUCAAGGAUAGCCUGUUUCAAGGGGACACCAAUAAGCUAGCUGUGGAGAACCUUGCCAAGGCUGAAGAAGCAAUCAUUCGCUACUGUCAAAGGAAGACAUUUCCCAAAGAGAUCACCGCGCUUUCUAAAGGUCAAGGGGUAAAGAGGACUAGUAGUCUUUUCAAACUGAGUCCAGUGCUUGAACAAGGCAUCCUCAGGGUCGGAGGGCGACUCAGCAGAGCGGCUCUACCAGAGGAGUCUAAGCGGCCAGCAAUCCUGAACAAGGAUCUUCACAUCACAAAGCUUAUCCUUAGAGAAAUACAUGAGAACUUGGCUCAUUGUGGUCGCAAUUAUGUUAUCUCCAAGUUGAGAACAAAAUUUUGGGUACCCGGUGCCAACUCUGCAGUAAGAAAAUUACUCGCUAGGUGUAUUGCCUGCCGGCGUGCGCAUGGAGUUGCAGGACAGCAGCAGAUGGCCGACCUACCCCGUGACAGAGUUCUGCCAGAUGACCCUCCAUUUACUAACUGCGGAGUGGACUACUUUGGUCCGUACGAGAUCAAACGUGGCAUUCAGUGGACAUUCAACCCUCCCUCAGGACCCCAUCAUGGAGGGGUCUGGGAGAGAUUAAUCAAGUCAGUGAAGAAAAUCCUUAACGUUACCUUGAGGCUGCAGACACUGGAUGAAGAGAGCCUGCAUACACUUCUGUGUGAGGCAGAGGCCAUUGUUAAUAGUCGGCCAAUAACCAAAGCGUCCAGCGAUCCAAAUGAUCUGGAAGUACUCACUCCCAAUCACCUGUUGCUGCUCAGGAACAAACCAUCUCUUCCUCCCGGACUGUUCGACAGGCAAGAUCUCUACGCAAGAAGAAGAUGGAAGCAAGUGCAAUACAUGUCGGAAAUAUUCUGGAAACGAUGGGCAAGGGAAUAUUUGCCGCAGCUUCAAGAGAGGCAAAGGUGGACCCGUCCAUCUCGCAACUUUUUGGUUGGAGACAUUGUGCUUAUUGUUGACGAUACAGCCCCACGCAACUCUUGGAUUACAGGGAAAGUAAUCCAUACCAUCUCGGACAAGGCAGGAAUGGUGCGGCAGGUUAGGAUCAAAACCAAAACGAGUGUACUGGAAAGGCCCAUUACGAAGAUUUGCCUUCUGCAGGAAUCGGACUGACGUAAUCAACUGCAGAGACUGAAGUUUGUGUACUUUGGCUCCACAAGUUUAAUUUGGUAAUUGUGUAAUAGAGUCACAAUUAGGGGCCGGUAUGUGGGAGCCAAGUUAAGAUAGUUCAUAUGUUUAGUAUUUAUAUUUCGCUGUUGUUAAGCUUGUUUGUGUAAUUAAUAAUUUAGGAAGUAAAUGCAUGUUUAUGGUGGAACUAAAAUUAUUUUAUUGCUGUGUUGGUUUGGUUACGUAGUAUCAUGAAUACAUGUGCCUUAAAGACUCGUGUUUAUAGUAAAAUCUGGGCAUCACCGAUGUAUGCAAAUUAGCGCAUGCGGUGCGGGAGGGGGGAGAGAGAAAAAGAGUUAACACGGUAUAAGCUAUACGCGGCAGCACGGUAGAACAGAGCCACACGGUUUUCCUACCGUAGUAGGUUAUUUUGUUGAGGAAGUUUUGAAGUUAAACCUGACCACUCCUGUAAGAUGCAAACUGUGGAAUAAAUUUUUGUUACAUCUUUUUACAACGGAGUCCCGUGGAGUUCUUUUCUUCUUCAAACUGACCUACGCGAGUGAAGCACGGGAAAACUGGUCUCACGGCUU